UAUUCUCCAUUUCUCUUUACCAAAUUUACUUCUCUCUCAAACAAAACAAUAAUGGUCUCCGCAGCAGCUUCUCUUGCCUGUUACUAUCAUCUCUUCUUAGCCAUUCUUGUCUUCCUAAUCUCAGCCCUCGUUUUUGUGUUCUCUUGCAAUACAAAAUCUAAGCGCAUAAACCUUCCUCCAGGACCACCCGGUUGGCCUAUAGUUGGCAAUCUUUUUCAAGUUGCUCGCUCUGGGAAACAUUUCUUUCAAUUUGUACAAGAUUUAAUUCCCAUGUAUGGUCCCAUUUUUACUCUCAACAUGGGAACUAGAACGCUUAUUAUCAUCACUGAUGCUAAACUAGUCCAUGAAGCUUUUGUUGAAAGGGGUUCGGUUUUCGCAACCCGGCCACGCGAAAACCCUACGAGAUCUGUCUUCAGCUGCAACAAGUUCACUGUCAAUGCGGCGGUUUAUGGACCGGUGUGGCGGUCGCUGAGGCGAAACAUGGUUCAGAAUAUGCUGAGUUCAAGCAGGAUUAAGGAGUUUCAGAGUGUAAGAGAUAGUGCAAUGGAUAAAUUUAUUGAUAGGGUUAGAAUUGAGGGUGAGGCUAAUGAUGGAGCUGUUUGGGUACUGAAAAACGCAAGAUUUGCGGUUUUUUGUAUACUUUUAGCUAUGUGUUUCGGACUCGAAAUGGAUGAAGAUACAAUCAUCAAAAUGGAUCAAAUUAUGAAAUCAGUUUUGAUGGCUCUUGAUCCAAGAAUUGAUGAUUUUCUUCCCAUUUUAAGUCCUUUUUUCUCUAAGCAAAGAAAACGUGUGUCUCAAGUUAGAAAAGAACAGCUUGAUUUCAUGAUUCCUUUGAUCGAAAAGCGAAGAAACGAUCUACAAAACCUAGAUUCAGACCCCAAAUCAACCCCGUUGUCAUAUCUCGAUACUCUUUUCGACCUAAAAAUCGAAGGGCGAAAAGAACUAUCAACCCCGACAGAUCCAGAGCUCGUUACCCUUUGCUCAGAGUUCCUCAAUGGUGGCACCGACACGACUGCCACCGCAGUCGAAUGGGGAAUCGCACAACUCAUCGACAAUCCUCAUGUUCAAAAAAAGCUGUACAAUGAAAUUAAACAAACAGCCGGUGAUCGAAAGGUGAAUGAGAAGGAUGUAGAGAAGAUGGAGUAUUUACAAGCAGUAGUAAAAGAGUUGCUACGUAAACACCCACCGACUUUUUUUCUACUAAGCCAUGCAGUUAGUGAGCCAACAACGUUAGGGGGGUACGAUGUGCCAACCGAUACAAAUAUAGAAGUUUUUUCUCCAGCUAUAGGGGAGGAUCCAAAAAUUUGGUCUGACCCGGAAAAAUUCGAUCCAGAUCGGUUUGUUUCCGGUACUGAGGAAGCGGAUAUAACCGGAGUUAGCGGAGUAAAAAUGACACCGUUUGGUGUAGGAAGGAGAAUUUGCCCUGGUUUAGGGUUAGCAACUGUGCAUUUGCAUCUAAUGAUUGCAAGAAUGGUACAAGAAUUUGAAUGGAGUGCUUAUCCAUCCGAUAGCAAUGUUGAUUUUAGUGGAAAAUUUGAGUUUACUGUGGUUAUGAAGAGUACCCUUAGGGCUAAGAUUAAGCCUAGGGAUUAAGGGUGUGAAAUUUAAACUAGUGGUAAUAUAUUUAUAUAUAUAAAAAAAUAUAAUAUAUUUGCUCUA